AUGGUCACACUAAAGCCUACUGCGGAUAUAGUACUCGCUGUGUCCGUUGCGCCAAUGGGUGAUGACCACUCCUCAUCUGCCUGUCCAAACUCACGACAAGACCCAAUGCGAUGCGCCCUCUGCACAGGUAACCACCCAGCAAACUACAGGGGAUGUACAGUUUAUAAAGACCUCCAGCAACGUAAGAAAACCAACCUAAAUAAUCACAAAUUACAUGUAAACUCUAGUUAUAAGUCUAACAAUGUACAAGAUAGCCACCCACGUAAUACCACUUCCUACAAUCCUCCUUCUGACCAAUCUCAAACGUAUGCCCAGGCAACUCAAGGCCAACAUGUAAAAUCUGAUAUUCCUCCGCCAACUCCUGAUAUUAAUUCUUUAAUGUCAAGCUUUGUAAGCGAGCUUAAGACUCUUAUCAAUCCGUUAAUCUCAUUACUUACUCAAGUAAUCUCAAGUCUAUUGGCUAGGAAAAAUGAAUAA